CACAUUACUCUACUGUGCAUCGGAUACUACUUCGUGUCAAAAGCGACCAGACGCUCCUUCCCCUUGUGGGUGGAGCAGCUGGGGACGAGACUACCCUCCCUCCUCCCUCCUAGUCUGGCGGGGCCACAUCCACCAGCGCUAAGCUCGAGGCUCUUUGUGCUGAGAAAGUGGCUCGCAGGAGUCCGGAGAAGAUUGUUCUGAGAAAGAUUAUUGUGAGAGUAAAUAUAUUUUU